UUUCCGCUUCCGCCUCCACCUCCGCAGCGGAUGGAAACACAUCCGUGGAGAGAGCGAUGGGACGCGUUGUUGAUAUUGAUAAUAUUUCCAUUUUUUAGCUUUAAAUAUAUAGAUAUAUUUAAAUAUUAUUCCAUGACUUUACACUAAAUAUGUCGGCCGCAGAGGACGCGCAGAGCCCGGAGCAGCUGAACCGAUUCGAGAAGCUGUUGGGGAGUCCUCCUCUCCGAGCGGCAGGCUCUAAGAAGAAAGUUCGAUGGCUUCAGGCUCGACGAAUCCUCGCUCAACCUUGCUCCAGCCUGCGGAUCCCUAACAGGUUUUUAAGAGAAGGUCACCGGGCCCCUCCGGCGCGGAGCGGACACCGCUGCGUCGCCGACAACACCAAUUUAUACGUGUUCGGCGGCUACAACCCCGACUUCGACGAGUCGGGCGGCUCGGAGAAUGAGGAUUACCCUCUUUUCAGGGAGCUCUGGAGGUAUCACUUUGCGACGGGGACGUGGCAGCAGAUCCGCACAGAGGGCUACAUGCCGACAGAGUUGGCCUCCAUGUCAGCUGUUUUGCACGGGAACAACCUGCUCGUGUUUGGCGGCACCGGAAUCCCGUUCGGAGAAAACAACGGAAACGACGUUCACGUCUGCAACGUCAAAUACAAAAGAUGGUCUCUACUCAACUGCAGAGGGAAGAAACCCAACCGGAUUUAUGGACAGGCGAUGGCCAUCAUAAGUGGCUUCCUGUAUGUGUUUGGCGGGACGACUGGCUACAUUUAUAGCACAGAUCUACACAGACUGGACCUCACCACACGCGAGUGGAUCCAUCUCAAACCUAACAACCCUCCGGAUGACCUGCCCGAGGAGCGAUACAGACACGAGAUAGCACAUGAUGGACAGAGGAUAUACAUCCUAGGAGGAGGAACCUCUUGGACAUCGUACCCUUUAGACAAGAUUCACGCAUACAAUCUCGAAACGAAUUCAUGGGAGGAGAUCACAACCAAGCCUCAUGAAAGAAUAGGUUACCCAGCUCCCAGAAGAUGUCAUAGUUGUGUCCAGAUAAAAACCGACGUGUUUAUAUGCGGAGGUUAUAACGGCGAAUUGAUCCUCAAUGAUUUAUGGAAGAUCAACCUGCAGACGUUCCGGUGGACUAAACUGCCUGCAGUGAUGCCCGAGCCGGCGUAUUUCCACUGUGCUGCUGUCACACCGGCCGGCUGUAUGUACAUCCACGGCGGCGUGGUGAACAUCCACGAGAACAAGCGGACCGGCUCUCUGUUUAAGAUCUGGCUGGUGGUGCCGAGCCUGCUGGAGCUCUGCUGGGAAAAACUGCUGAAAUCGUUCCCUCAGCUGGCUCACCUCUCAACCAUGCAGCUACUAAAUCUGGGUCUCACACAGGAACUCAUCGAACGUUUAAAAUGAGCCCAGUCUAUUUGGUAAACUGAGGACGGACGACACACUUGAGCCCGUGUCUGAAGAUAAGGAAUAUAGGAUUCAUUUUUAAAAUUUCCUUCCUUCCCUUCACCUUCUGGAAUAUAUCCUUCUAAUGUAGCCUGCCUUAAAACCAAAAAAAAUAAUUCUUUGGGAUGGCCUUUAUUUCUGUUCCAUUGUACUUUUAAUUAUUUAAUUAUAUCAAGUGGAAAGUGGUCUUUCAGUUUUUCCUUCUCGACUCUUUUUGGACUCCGCACACUGCCGAUGGGAUAAAACUCUGCUCGCCUUCGGAUCAGCUCAACGCAGUUUGACUUUUUCUUUUUGGUCGAGCUACAGGACAUAAAAAACGUCUCACGACUGAACAUAUGCAAUGCCAAGCUGGUUCAUAAUAGCAUAGACGCUAAAUACUAUACUGAUUAAGUCAACUUCAUAUUGUUCAGCCCUGCACAGAAGUCUCUGUUUUUUUUUAUUAUUAUUUAUUUCUACACACAAAACAAACCCUCCUUGAGAUCAGGUAUAUUUUCCGUUCAUUUGUCUAAUCCAGAUAUAUUUUCACUGUGAAUAAGAUGCUCUUUAGUUUAGUUUUAUUCUUAUUAAAAUAAAACCUUUUCUUCUUCCAAAA